GAACGGUGAUUAAAUAACAAGCCAGUGCCAAGUGCAGCAAGCAGCAGCAGGCAUUCCGUUAUUUUGCUGUCUCCACCUGCACCUUCCGAUUGUCACUUUACUUUAAAAUAUUCGGCUGAAAAGUUAAAAAAUGUUUUCACUUUCUCGCCACGCACUGCGGCACACACGAAAUUUCGCACUUACUGCAGCUGCCAAGUGGAGACAUCCCAAUCCAUUAGGAGUAGUCGCUGCAGCUGCAACUGUAAUGCCCAUCGCUCGUUGCUUUGCAGACAGCGACGAGGGUAAGACGAAUCCCAGCAAAGCCAACAACAUGGAGAAUAAAAGCGAAAAGGUUACCGUAAACAAAGAGGAGCUGCGCAAACGCCUAACCCCACUGCAGUAUCAGGUUACCCAGGAGGCGGGCACUGAGCGCCCCUACACAGGUUGCUACAACAAGCACUACGAGAAGGGUGUGUAUCAGUGCAUUGUGUGUCAUCAGGAUCUGUUCAGCUCGGACACGAAAUACGAUUCGGGCUGCGGCUGGCCGGCAUUCAAUGAUGUCCUCGACAAGGGCAAGGUAACCCUGCAUCGGGAUGCCAGUAUACCAGUAGUCAUUUCAAAAACGUUAGGCAUGGUGCGCACUGAGGUGCGCUGCUCAAAGUGCUCGGCACACAUGGGCCACGUCUUCGACGAUGGACCACCGCCCAAGCAUCAUCGUUUCUGUAUCAACUCGGCGUCGAUAGAUUUUGUGAGAAAAGCAGCGCCGGCACCAACACCAACAUCGUCCAAGAAAUAAUGCUCGAUCUGUGUAUAGUGUGUAGCGCGAGAACACCUUAGCCCUCCCCCCCCACUCAAAAAAAAAAACAAGCUAUCGAGGAUGAUGAAGAAUGAGCCUCUCAAGUCUCUCAAGCAGAUUUAACGUGUUAUAAUAUUAUUACAACCAACAACAACCAGAUAUUUAGAUAUUUUAUAGGAGUUUAUUAUGCAAACAACAAAUGUUCGUAAAAACAAUACUUGGCAAAAGAUAUUGUAUAUAUGAGAGAAUAUAAUUAUUGUAUUUCACGAAAAAAAAGAAAAGGUCUGAUAUACUCGGCAUAACGAUCAGUUUGAAGUUCCUUGGUUUGGUUAAAGUAUGUAUUUCAUUUUCGGUUGAAUUUCCCAUCCAUCUUUCACGCGACGUUCUACUGUCUUUCGGUUUCAAUACAAAAUCCAUACAAACAAAAAAAAACUAAACGUAACAAUCAUUUGGCACUCAUCGUACACAAAAUGCUUAAACCCAACCCCCUCAACAUUCCCAUUUAUCGUAUCGAUCAUAGUUCAAGGUCAGCUGUCGCCUAUAUUUGGGUUAGGGAGCCAUAGCCACCAUUAUGUGUAUACCGAUAUUAUUUAUUAAAUUUUGAUGGUUUGAUUCAUUUGUUGUUUAUGGUUGUUUUUAUUUAUUUUGUUGCUUCUUACUCAUGCCAAAAGUAUUUUAUUUUUCUUUUAUGUAAGACAUAAUGCAAUACUACUGUAUCCGAACCCAUACCAUACUAUAUACAUAUUUAUAUAUAGUGUCAAACAAACUGAAUAAUGUUUAUUUUCGUAUAUUUUCUAUUUCUCUUUUUUUUAACUCGCUUCCAAAACAAAAAAACUUAAUGUACGCCUAUAAACUGUUCUUUGGGGGUUUGUUUUGCUAACAACAAUUACACAAACACACGAAAUCCAUUGUUAAAAAUUGUAACAAAAAACACACACACACAUGAUGCAUAAACAUUUUGCUUUAUUAACCGCAUAAUGAUUAUUAUAUACACCGAUCUGCAAAUACAACCAAA